AUGGAAUCCGGGCAAGAAGGACAACAACUGCAGUUACGCAACUUGACUGACCAGGACUUGAUCGCUUCCGAGCAUUUCUGGACGGAAGAACUCGGUUUCGACAUGGCACGAAAUCAUAUGCGACGGUGGCAUCUAGUGGAUCCAGAGGGUUUUUUCGGUAUCUUCCUCGGCGACACGUUGAUCGCGACCGGUGCUGCUGUCAAGCAGACGUCCGAGCUCUUCUUCAUCGGCUCGAUUGGUGUUAGGGAAUCGCAUCGAGGCAAAGGUCUCUGCAGGCAAAUCAUCAAUCGUCUCUUCGAGAGAUGCCCCGAGGGAACAUUCGCUCUCUUCGCUGUGCCUGAGUGUAUUCAGAUGUACCGAAAACUCGGUUUCGAAAUUGUGGACAAUGGAACGGCGUACGUCUACGGUGGCAGGGCUGCCACGCUGCCAAGCGAUAACAUAAAAUCUGCUUUCAGAUUCGAGGUUGUCGAUUCUAAUAAACCCGAGCUCGUACGGAGGCUGAUCGAAUACGAUGCGCGACUCCAUGGCUUCGAGCGCCCGAUAGGCACAACUCUAAUCGACGAUGACGACGGCUCUACUGUGGUUUGUUCCAUGGAAGGUUCGAUCGUGGGCUUCGUGCGCAUAGCAAGCAGCAAAAGGGACGGAGGAGCUUUCAUCGGACCGCUAUACGCGGACUAUUCGGAAGUUGCGUAUCUGCUGCUGGAAGACAUACUUGUCAGGAACAGAGCUCAGGCGGAAAUAUCUGUGUCAAUUUUCGUCUCAUCUCGGGGAGGCUUCCUUGCUGAGAAGCUCAAGUUGGAGCUGCGGGAUGACUAUCCGAAGUGCUGCACGAAUCCGGAUCGGAUACCGACGAUGGAAGUCGACAAAAUAUUCGCGUUCGACUCGACGGAUUUCGCCAUAUGCUGA